CCAUGUAACGCCAGAAGAAGAAGAACCCGGAAGUGACGCGUUGUUUCGCGCUGCCUCGUCCACAUGCGGUUUCUUCCACAUGAUAUUUAAUUCUGGAAGAGUUUCUGUAAAGAAACGCUGAGGCAGGAGAACAGGAGGAAUCCUGCUGCGAGUUUAAGACGGUUUGCUGAGAAGAUGCUGAGUGAUGCUGAGGCUGCAGAGCUGCUGGCCUUCCUGACGCCCAGCACCCGGCCGGACGUGAAGGGGAAGGCCACCGAGUACAUCCUGGGGCUGUCUGGAAGCAGAGAUGGCUGCCGGUUCCUGCGCUCCAAACCCGACCUGUUAGCUGCUCUGUUUGCGCUGACCUCCGACUCCUCUGUUGCCAUAGUGAAGGACUGCUACCACAUCCUGAUCAAUCUGUCAGCUGAUGAGACUCUGCACCAGGUUCUGGUCUGUGAGGUUCAGGUUCUUCCGGUUCUGUUGAAGAACCUCCAGGAUCCAGAGUUUCUGUUCUCUGAUCAGAUCAGCACCGUCCUGUCCAACCUGAGCCGCCAUGAUAAGACCUGCAGGACCGUCUUCCAGGUCCUGCAGGAGGAGCUCGGUCUGGCCCAGCUGGUGGAAAUCUUCUGCAAUGAAAGCUUCAACAGAAAGGCCAGGCUGCACUACCUGGGCCUCCUGCUGUCCAACCUGACCCAGCUUCCCGAGGCCAGGAGCCUCUUGAUGGACCGGGACAGGUGUGUGAUCCAGCGUUUGCUGCCGUUCACUCAGUACGAGGCGUCGGUGGUGAGGAGGGGCGGCGUCAUCGGCACGCUGAGGAACUGCUGCUUCGACCACGCUCAUCACGCGUGGCUGCUGAGCAACGCCGUGGACGUGCUGCCGUUCCUGCUUCUGCCUCUGGCCGGCCCGGAGGAGCUCACCGAGGAGGAGAACGAAGGUCUGCCUGUGGACCUGCAGUAUCUGCCGGAGGACAAGCAGCGAGAAGCGGACCCCGACAUCAGGAAGAUGCUGCUGGAAACCCUGCUACUGCUGACGGCGACUAAAGCCGGCCGCCUGACGCUGCGACAGAAAAACGUUUAUCCCAUUGUGAGGGAGCUCCACCGCUGGGAGAAGGACGUUCAUGUCGGCGCCACCUGCGAGAAACUGGUCCAGGUGCUGAUCGGAGACGAGCCGCAGCACGGCAUGGAGAACCUGAUGGAGGUGGACAUCCCGCAGGAUGUGGAGGACAAGCUGAGGGAGGAGGAUGCCAAGGAGCAGCAGGAGCUGCAGGAGGAGGAGAGAAGGAGGAGAGAGGAAGAGAAGCAGGAGAAGUGAAACAAAGGACUGAUCCGGUCUUCAUCUUCUCCUGUUUCCAUCAUCAGCAGCUCUUCACUGAACUCUGGCUGCUGAUCCUGGUUCCAGUCCAGCUACUGACGUCUCUGUGUCCAUGUAGAGACGGAGGGACAAACUGACCUUUGACAUUCAUACAAAUAUAUCCCAAAUAUAGCCCAGUAAACCCAGCAGCGCCCAGUAAACCCAGCAGCGCAUUUAUCAGUUUAGUCUUUCCAUAGAAGAAAAAGCAGAUCCAAGGUUAGAUGUUAUUUUAUUUUACUGCAUUAUUUUGCCAAAAGUUCAUACUCCUACAAUUUUUUUCUAUUUUCUCGCAUUACAAGAAACUUUAUUGUAUUUUAUUGGCAUUACAUACAGCAGCUCAUCUAACAGUGCAGCAUCAUUAUGAAGGAGAACAGAAAUUUGAUUUGAAAAGGUUUUGUUUGGUUUCUGUUUAUUCAAUUUUAUUUUAAAGAAGCUAUAAAUUCAAAUAAGAUGAAGAUAAAAUAAAUCAGGAAGAUAAAGAUAUUUUUUCCCACUAGUUUAGAAUGAAGUUAUAAACUUUGGGGAUCUGAAUAUAUCAUUCCUUUAUUCCUUUAUUUGAUCAGGUAAACCCCGUUGAGAUCUAGAUCUCAUUUUCAAGAGGGACCUGAGCAGAAAAUUUGCAAUACAUAGCAACCUGGUUACAAGAUAAAAACAUAUAAACAUAAAAACAUCAUAAAAAUUAUGAGAAACAUUUUAAAAAUCUAUACGUUAUAUUAAUGAUAUAUUUGAUCUAAUUGUUCAGACAGUUUGUAGCUUUUGAUUCGUUUCCAUUCCUUUAAACUGGCCCGUUUGGUUCUGCUGUCAGCCGCGUUUUCAACACCCAGACCGACCAGAAGAGGGCGCCACGCAUUUCUCUCCAUCUCAUCUCCCAUCUCUGCGGAAAUUCAUCUCUAAGUUGAAAACAAACAGAAAAAUGUUUUUACUUGGAAACUGACGCAAAGGAUUUAAAUUGAACCGGAUCACAGUUCGGAUCCGAAUCUUUUUCUAAGUCCUCCACUUCUACUCAGAGGUUCUGAAACAACAGCAGCGUUCCCCCCAUUUUCUUUUCUUUUUAAAGCAGAUUUUUGUCAAUUUUCAUAUUUAAACUUUUUUAAUUAAGCAAAGCAUUUUAACGUUCAAAUGAUAAGAGUUCACUAUCGCAGUUCUUCCAGGUCAAUGAACUGUAGUAGAAGCCAGUUUGUCUCGUUUUACCAGCAUUUUUUAGAGAAAGUUGAGGCUCUUGGACGGUAAAUAAGCUAAAGUGAAGAAGUGAGUUUAGACUGACAGUAAUAAAUCAGAUGGAGCA